GUAAUGAAUUAGAUAAAUUAAAUGAAUUUUCUUCAGCCCUAUAAUUAUUGCAUGUAUCCUUAUCGUCCACAAAUAUAUUAUAAUUUGUAUGCAGAGAACAUUCAAGAACAAAAUUCAGCUGCUACAACUUAUAAGCAAGAAGUAGUAUAAUGGUAUAUUUUGUUUUGAUAUAUUUACAGGCUAUUCACUUUGGAAUAAUCUGAGUUGUAUAAACUAUUUCAGAUAAAAGGAUAAAUAAAAACAUUUCCAAUAUUGAAAAUGUAUAUACAUGAUAAACAAUUUCAACCUUCAAAUUAUGCACUUCUUCAACAGUUAAUAUUAAUUAAAUAUUUAUAGAGCUACAAUUAAAUUAGAGUCUAAAAUUGACGAUUAGUUUAUAAUGAAAACAAGAGUACUUCACAAAAAAACAGAUGUAUUUAAUAUAAUUAAACAAUUAAGGAAUUAUAUGAAAAGUUGAUGAUUUUUGAUGAUGAAAAUUUUCUAGAUACAAUUAUAGUGAGUGAACCUCAUCUAGAAAAUUUAAAUAAUUUUAUUGAAUUGUUAGAUGAAAUUAGUGAUAAAUAUUUUCUUUCUACUUCUCCCAAAGCAAAUUUAGAAAAAGCAGAAGAUCCUGUUUGGUUUCAUUAAAAUAGCUUUCAUAGUUGUUCAGCCUGGAUUAUAAAGGAAUUUGAGAAAAAUAUUAAUUUUUAUUACAAUAUUCAAAGAGAUAAAAAGAAAAAAUAUAGAUUAUAAAAAUAGAUGAUAAAUAAAAAUAAUUCAAAAGAUUUAUAAGAAUAUUUUGAAAGAAAUCUAGCUAACAAUAAAGAGAAAGUAAAUAUAUUAAAUAAUUUUAUUAGCUAAAUUAUUAUUUUGAAUAAAUAUAUACAGAUAUUAAAGAACAUCCAAAUGAAAUAGAAAAUAUUUUUUAUGAAAAUAUAUUUUCAGGCACAGCUAUUAAAUUAAUAAAAUCUUAAGUUGAACUUUCAUUUAAUUUUUAAUAAAAAUGUCACUCUGAUCCUAAUAUUAUUAAUUCUAUGCUAAUUUUUUCUAUGUCAGAUUUAUUAGAUUAGAAGACAUAUUUCCUGAAGAAAUUUUAUUAAAUUGUUAUUCAAUUAUUUUAAGAACAUUUGGAGAAUGAAUUAUUUAAUAGUGAAAUAUCAAUUAAAAAGAAAAAAGAUAAAAAAAAAUCAAAGAAAAAAAAAUCUGAAAAAAUUGAAUAUAAAAAAACUCUAGAUCCUAUAGAAUUGAAUCAACGUCUCUCUAGUAAGAAUUUAUAAGACUCAAAUAUACUUAGAUUCUAAAGAUCAUAUUCAUAAAAUAAUUUUGCUUAUUCUUAUGUAACUCCACCAAAUACACCUUCAGCUUGGGAAAAUAGUGAUGAUCAAAAGUAAAAAUUAUUAUUUAUUUUUUUAAGUGAAAUUAAUUCUCAAAGCUAUCAAUCUUAAAAUCAAAAAUAAUAAAACAAUGAAAAUUAAAAAAGAGUUUUAGAAAGUAUAAUUGAUUUAGGUUAAGAAAAUAUAUCUUAAGCAUUUGUAGAAAAUUCAUAAAAUCCUACUAAUGAUGAUUUUGUAGAAUAUACAUAGUCUCUAACAUAACAUAUUUUAAAUACAGUAUAUUAAUCUUUGAUAGAUGAAAAUGUCUACAAAGAAGAAGUAAUAAGAGAGAAAAAAAAGAUUAAGAAGAAAUAAAAAACUGUUUGGAGAUCUAUACCAGAAAGUAGAGAUGAAUAAAUGUAAUUAUAAUCUCCAGAAUCUGAAAUUACAAGAUUUUCUGUAGAAACUUAAGCUUAAACUAUUAAAAGUCUUUGUUCAAAUAGAACAGCUUCUACAUCAGAAGAAGAAAAAAAAUAAAGAUUGAAAACAAGAAAAUCUGCAUGUUAAUUUGAAUAAUAAGAAACUGAAUCAAUUUCAUCUUCUAAUUAAACAUAAGAUAACAAUUUAAAAGAAUAAAUAGAAAAUGUCUAAUAAAAAGCAUAAUAGAAAUUAAUUGAUUAGAUCAAUUUUGAUAUUUUAGAAUUCACUGAUAAUAUUAUGAAUGAUUAUGAAGAAAUGUUACCAUUUAGACUUUUAACUUUUGAUAGAAUUAAAUUAGUAAUUUAGAAAGUUUUCUAUGGAAUACCUGAUGAUAUGAUAUAGUAAUUAUAUAAUCAAUAAUAAGAUUAUUUGGUUCUUGUGCAACUGGAUUAGCAUUAAUUGAUUCAGAUAUUGAUAUUGGAAUAAGUGGAUUUUAACCUAUGAAUAGAAAUAUCAUUAAAGCUCUUUUUGAUAAUUUAUUUUUUGAAUUCUCUAAAAGAAAAUGGGUUAUAAAAUCUAAGUAUUUCUAUAUAUUAAAAUUUAGUCCCAUUUUUAAUUCAGUGGUUCCAGUAAUUAAACUUGAAAUAGAUCCUCAAGUUUCUUAGACAGAAUUUGAAGGUAGAAAUCUAAAUGAAACAGAUAUUCAUAAAUGGAAAAAACUUAAAUAAAAAAUAAAAAGUUGCAUAAAAGUGGAUAUCUCAUUUAAUUUUAGUGGAAGUACAUAUGAUUCUCUACAUUCUGGUUUUAUUACUACAAAUUUAGUUAAAUAAUGGAUGAAAGAAUAUCCAGUUAUAUAAUAAUUAGUAUUGAUUUUAAAGAGUAUAAUAAAGAAAUUAGGUUUAUCAGAAUCAUAUACUGGUAUAAUAAAUAUAUUUAUUAUAAAGGUGGACUCUCUUCUUACUCUCUAAUAAUUAUGGUAUAUUCUUAUCUAAGAGAAAAUAGAAUAGCAUAAAAUUAAAUAGGAGAAUAAUUCAUAGAUUUUCUUAAGUAUUUUGUUAAUGAGUUCAAUUCUUCAACAACUGGAAUUGGUCUUUUAGCUGAUAUCAAAAAUCCAUAAUCAAGGUAUAAUUAUUAAAUAUAAAAUAGUUAUUUCUUUAAUUUAUAAGAUUAUUGUUUACCUUAAUUACCAAUAACGAUUUUCAAUCCUUUUAAUAGAAAAUUACUAACUAAUUCUUGUGUACAUAUUGGAAAAAUAUUUGAUUUUUUUAAAAUGACUUUAGAUUAACUUGAAUAAAAAAAAGAAUUUUAUUGCAACUAUGUAAUUUUAGGUAAGAAAAAGCAAUAGAAAUUAAAUAAAACUAUGGGGAAUUUUAUUACCAACUUAUUAUAAUCAAUAAAAUGA